AUGCUUACCGGUAACGUAAAACAUGGUGUAAAUGAAAACACAAAGUCUCAACGAAGAACGAAUCUUUAUGUUUCAAAUUUUGGUGAUAGUUUGGACGAUCAAACUUUGUAUAAUCUCUUCGCUGAAUAUGGAAAGAUUACCAGUCAUAUAUUUCCACGACAUCCACGCGGUACUUUUAAAGGAUAUGGUUACAUAAACUUUGAGAUGCAGUGCAUGGCAGAGAAGGCUAUCACAAAUCUCAACGACCACCAGUUAACAAAUGGACAAAAAUUACGUGUUUCUUUUUUUCAAGAAAAAGAGAAGCCUCAAACAAAAGGAUACAAACGUGCAACACCUCGCACUCAGACAACCGUCGAUGCCUUUCCAAACAAUGGUUCAACGCCGAAUAGAAACGUUUCAACACAAUCACUGGAAAAUUUAGAAUCUAUACCACGUCCUGAUGAAAAAAAUGUUAGCCAAAGUACAAGUGAAAUAACGAACGUAGACGAGCGUGAAUGUGUAAAUUCCGCGCGAUUAUUUCAAUCCGCUAUCGAUCCAAUCAAAGCGCAAGCAAAUCCAGACUUACCUAUUGAUGUUCCGCCUGAGUGGCACUCUCAAAAUUUACAAUCAGGAGAUGCUGGUGGACAAGGCGAAGUACGCAUUAUAUACUACAAAAACCAACCAAUGUAUAAAGCAGCAAUAAAAAUUUACUCAGCUGACAAGAAUAUGAAAAAAUCUCCAGAUAAACAAGAUAUUUAUUCCAAAGAACGAAGGAUGCGUGCUCAUCGGGAAUUGACCGCUUUAAGAGCAUUGAAAGGUGUGCCAAAUGUUGCUCAAUUGACAUCAUACACAAAUGAUUAUACUAACAUACCAGACAAUGUAGAGGAUGCUAUAGCUCAGAAUAAAAUUUAUUGGACCAUUAUGGAUUAUAUCAGUCUAAGUACUCUUGAAAAAUUCAUAGAUACACUUGGUGGAAUAGAUUUGUUGGAUGCGAUUAAAUUGACACAAAAAUUACUUUUAACUAUUAAAGAGAUUCAUGGGAAAGGUAUUGUACAUCGUGACAUAAAACCAAAGAAUCUAUUAGUUAUUCACAAUGAUGGUAGUCAUACUGAAGCAGCUGAAAUACAUGUUGUCGACUUUGGAUUAGCGUAUAUUGAAAAUCGUGAUGACAUCGACUGGUCGUCAUUUGAAGAAAAAGCAAAAUUUCGAGAAACACAUUUCAGUUGCACCUAUGGCAAUAUUUUUUAUCGAGUUCCACAGUUGAAUUCACCAUCAUGGAAGGGCAAAACACAAAAAGAACAGAAUGCAUUGCAAAAUGUUCGACGUAGUCCAACAAUUGAUGCUUCAAGCAUUUGCGCGAUAUUGUUUUGGCUGAUAACUGAUAUUGAACCAGGACCCGAACAUCGUAAUGAAAUGAAUUUAGCACCUCAUCAGUGUGAAGGGGCUCAAAAUAGAAUUGAUAUUAAAAUUGACAAAGCUGUCAACGGAAAAGGAUUUCUUUCUGUUGUAGACAUUGGAAAAGAAAUGUUAAUCGGAUUAAAACAACAAUUAAAAAAUUAUAUUAUAACAACAUUUGAUAGAGGAUUCGAAAAUGCGGAAUAUCAAUGGACAAUUGAACAGUUGGAAUAUCGUUUAGAAUCAAUUCGUCACAUUCUCGAUCAGAACAUGAUUUCACUUGACCAGCAACUUAGUAACGCAACAAAAAGUCUGUUAUUGUUUGAACCAAUUAGAGUUCUUUCCAGCUUAUGUACGAUCAAAAUAUUUAGUAAAGUUUCUGAUGCAUUUGAAUCUGCCAAAACAAAAUUUGUUGUCGAACAUUCAGCAUACUCAUGGUAUGACGGAAAAUGUUAUUGGUUAGAUAAUCGACAAAAUAUGAUUGAACGAAAAAAUUUUGAUGUAUUAUGUUAUCAACAAAAAAGGCAAAGUUGGAAAUUGAUAUUUAUUUGUUCUGUACAUUUCAAUGAAAAUGGUGAUAUAGUUACAUUAACAGUUGGUACCGAUAUCAAUGGGAUGUAUAUUGAAUUACCAUUGGGUCAAUAUAAUCCAAACCAACUGGACAAUUUAAAUAUUGAAAUGGAAUUUGAAAGAGAAGUGAUUAAUCUUUUACAAGCGAUAUGCAAAACAAAACAAUGA